AUGACAACAGAAGCCACCAACAAGUGCACCAUCAUUGAUGGCAAAAAGACAGCAGCCACGAUCCGUCAAGAACUCAAGGAAGAAAUUGAGUCUUUGGCCCAAUCGCACAAUGGCAUUGUUCCGGGACUUGCCGUCGUCUUGGUGGGCAAUCGAGUCGAUUCGGCCACAUAUGUGAGAAUGAAGAAAAAGGCUGCUGUCGAAAUUGGGAUUCAUUCCAUUGAUGUCACCUUGCCAAUCACCAUUUCGCAACAAGACCUCAAGGCAGAAAUUGAGAAGCUGAACCAGGACCCCAAGGUUCAUGGGAUUCUCGUUCAAUUGCCACUUCCAGAGCACAUCAAAGAGUCUGAAAUUCUCAUGGCGAUAGAUUACACCAAAGAUGCCGAUGGAUUUUCUGCACGAAACAUUGGCAACAUGUGGUUGGGGCGUGGGACAGGAGAUCCACCCUUGGCCAUUCCCUGCACUCCUGCUGGAUGCAUCGAUUUGUUGCAACGUUAUGAAAUUGAUAUCACUGGUAAGGAAUGUGUUGUGCUGGGUCGGAGUAAUAUUGUGGGCAUGCCAGUAGCUGCCCUCUUGCAGUCCUGCAAUGGAACCGUCACAGUUUGUCACUCUCGGACCAAGAACAUUCCCGAAAUCAUUGGUCGGGCCGACAUUUUGAUUGCUGCCAUUGGCAAACCCGAAUACGUCCGCGGAGAGUGGCUCAAGCCAGGAGUCGUCAUUGUGGAUGUGGGUAUCAAUGACAAGCCCGAUGCUACCAAGAAGCGGGGAUACCGAUUGGUCGGAGACGUCCACUACGACGAAGCGUUGCAAAAGGCCAGUGCCAUUACGCCGGUUCCAGGAGGUGUGGGCCCAAUGACCAUUGCCAUGCUCAUGAAAAAUACCGUCAAUUUGUGCCGUCACUCGUUGGGACUUCCACGAUUGACACUCCGAAACAAGAUUCAUAGAUCUUUGAGUCAUCGAGACUUUGUUCACACCACCAUCCACACUACCCCUGAUGCUGCUGCUGCGAAUGGCACAAAUUAA